UCAAUUUUCCAUCAAAAAGUUUUUUUUUCUCUCUUUUCCCUCAACAUUAGAAGGUUCAUUCAAAGUCUUGGCAUAUAUUUUCUGAUUUUUGGUUUGUCCCGUAAUUUAGGGCAGAUUUUGCUUAAAUUCCCGUAAUAUUACUUUCUUUAACCAUCAGAAGAAGGAAACCCUACGUAUAAAAGCCUUCUUUUCAUCUCUCUCAAACAGCGCCUCCUUUCUCCUCUCUCCUUCUCCGUUUACUCUAGCAAUCUUUUUUUUUUUUUCUCUUAAAACUGAAACCCUUGUAGUGUUUUUGCAGUCAAACUUCCAUCUUUUCUUUCUCUCUCAAAUCUCUCUAUUGUUUUUCCUUAUCCCUUUCUGAAAACUUGAAGAGAGAAAACUUGAAGUCGACGAGACCAGACGACGGCGGUUCUGGUUCUGGUCCUGGUUGUGUUUGUGUAAACAACGAACGAAAUGCUUCACCGGAGCUCAUUUCGCGACUCUCUUUUCGCUUCGGAUUUCGUGCUUAACUUCAACAACUUUAGGCCUCGUUGUUUCUCUUCUUCCACAACAACCGCAAUAGCUUUUCACAUGGAACAACAACAACAGGAGCAGAAACUAUUCGCUUCUUCUUCUUCUUCUUUACUGGCGUUAAAGCAGAAUCACCAAAAUCCGAGACCAGUUUGUUUACCUUGCCGAGCCUUGCCCGAUUCUCACGAGACGUCUCUCAGGAAAGAUGAGAUACCUGUCCAUGGAUUGUUUGAAACCAUUGUUGGUGUUCUUGGAGGAGGUCAACUUGGUCGAAUGCUAUGCCAAGCUGCCUCACAAAUGGCUAUCAAAGUCGUGGUUUUGGACCCCCAAGAGAAUUGCCCUGCAAGCGCCCUUGCCUAUCAUCAUAUGGUUGGAAGUUUUGAUGACAGCGCUACAGUUGAAGAAUUUGCCAAGAGUUGUGGGGUGUUGACUGUUGAAACUGAACAUGUGGAUGUUGCGACAUUGGAGAAACUUGAGCAACAAGGAGUAGAUUGCGAACCGAAAGCCUCUACAAUUCGAAUAAUCCAGGAUAAGCAUCUCCAAAAGGUUCAUUUUUCUCGGCAUGGCAUUCCACUUCCCGAGUUUAUGCAGAUAGAUGGUCUUGAAGGUGCCAAGAGAGCAGGGCAACUAUUUGGCUAUCCUCUAAUGAUAAAGACUAAAAGGUUAGCUUAUGAUGGGCGUGGAAAUGCUGUUGCGAAAAGUGAGGAUGAGCUUUCUACUGCUGUUGCUGCUCUUGGAGGGUUUGAACGUGGUUUAUAUGUGGAGAAAUGGGCCCCUUUUGUGAAGGAGCUGGCUGUCAUUGUGGCAAGAGGAAGAGACGGUUCUCUCUUAUGUUAUCCAGUUGUUGAAACUAUUCACAGGGAAAAUAUUUGUCAUAUAGUCAAGGCACCUGCAAAUGUCUCAUGGAAGACUAGAAAGCUGGCCACUGAGGUUGCCUAUAAAGCUGUUAGUUCAUUAGAAGGUGCUGGUGUGUUUGCAGUUGAGUUAUUCUUGGCAGAGGAUGGCCAGAUCCUACUGAAUGAAGUAGCUCCUAGACCUCAUAAUAGUGGUCACCACACAAUAGAGUCCUGCUACACCUCACAGUUUGAACAACAUUUGAGGGCUGUUGUGGGUCUUCCACUUGGUAAUCCAUCAAUGAAAACUCCUGCUGCAAUCAUGUAUAAUUUACUUGGCGAAGAUGAGGGAGAUCGAGGUUUCCUCUUAGCUCAUCAACUUAUUGGACGGGCAUUGGGUAUUCCUGGGGCUACUGUUCAUUGGUAUGAUAAGUCAGAAAUGCGAAAGCAACGAAAGAUGGGUCAUAUCACCAUUGUCGGUCCUUCUAUGAGUGAUGUGGAGAAACCUUUGGAUUCAAUGCUGAGCGCAGAAAGAUUUGAUAGUCAGUCUGCAGUGACACCACGUGUUGGGAUCAUAAUGGGCUCGGAUUCAGAUCUCCCUGUGAUGAAGGAAGCUGCAAAGAUUUUGAGUAUGUUUGACGUGCCUCAUGAGGUGCGAAUAGUUUCAGCACACCGGACUCCUGAGUUGAUGUUUUCUUAUGCCUCAUCUGCUCAGGAUCGAGGUAUUCAGGUCAUCAUUGCUGGUGCUGGUGGUGCAGCCCAUUUACCAGGUAUGGUAGCUGCGCUUACUCCUUUGCCAGUAAUUGGUGUUCCUGUACGUGCUUCUACAUUGGACGGAAUCGAUUCACUCCUAUCAAUUGUGCAGAUGCCAAGGGGCGUCCCAGUUGCAACAGUUGCUGUAAACAAUGCCACAAACGCAGGUUUGCUGGCUGUAAGGAUGUUGGGUGUCGGUGACAGCGAUCUAGUAGCAAGAAUGAGUCAAUACCAAGAAGACACAAGGAGCGAUGUCUUGUUAAAGGCAGAUAAGCUAGAAAAAGAUGGCUGGGAAUCUUAUUUAAAUCCUUGAGAACCAUAUAAUUUCUUUUGGUGAUAUCUAUUCAUUUUUGUCAUUCAACAAAUUAUAUUAUGGUCAACUUGAUCAAAGGUUUUAGAGAAAACCCCAUUGCCAGACAAGUUCAGCAAGUGAAUAAAGACUCAGACAAUAAACAAAAAAGAUUAGAACGAGAAGUAGAAAAAGGAGAAAGGGAAUCAUCAAGAUUGUUAGUGUUAAAAAUAUUUGCAGUUUGACAGUUUGAGUGAUGAUGCAGGGAUGUAACUAUUUUUCUUUCCCAUGUAUUUCUUUAUUCAACUGUCAUCUUGUGAUUCAUAAAGGAACUAGGGCAAACUUGUUUGGAGAGAUUUUGCAAUUUUUUUUUUUUAAUUGAUAAGAAGCUUGUAUUUUCUUUUCUUGCUUCCUAGUCUUGAGAAGCAAAACGUCAAUUUUCCGUCAAAAAGAUGAAAAGAACUUAUAUUGUUUCCCAUUAUCAGUUGCUAUUUACCACAAAGUCAGGCCAACCUUAUCCUCUAAUUGAUGCGGGGGA